AUGAGUGAACUAAUUAUUGAGAUUUCAAACUUUGACGAAAUACUGCGAUUUGCGAGUAUCUCAGAUUUGAUAGCCGCUGAAGGCAAGUAUCAUUUAUCAUGCUUCAGUGCAUCUAAAAGAUCAAGGGAUAAGACAAAGAGUGAAAUGAAAGACAAUGACUUAGCAUUGGUUUGGUUGUCCAAAGAAUUGGAGUAUGCUGCUGACAAGGGCCAUGUUAUUAGACUUGAUGACGCAUGGGAAAGAUACACAAUAUUGGCCGAAAAGCGGGCAACACGCUUCCUUCUUCUUUUAUCAGUCGAAGGGCGACUUUUAAGGACAAACUUAUGCAUAUGGUUGGAGACAUCAUAG